AUGACUGAAGAGAGAAAGAGAGGAGCCAUCAAAUGCGUUUCUGAGAAAACUGGGAAUGCUUGUCUUAGGCUUAGACCACAGCACAAUGAGAGGUGUGCGUGGCAGUUAGCGUGGACGCCGGCACCGCCAGUGCGGGGGACGGAGGGUCGGGGACCCGCGGGCUGCGGGGCUCCACGCUCCUCCUUAACCCGCGCCGGGAGGCGGCGGCCGCGGCGGCGGGAGGGGGAGGGGCGCGGAGCGCGGCGCCGAGGCCGGGGAGGAGCCGGGGCCUGCAGCGGAGCCGAGCCGAGCCCGAGCCGAGCCCCGACGCGCUCCAUCCGCCUGCCGGCUCCCGGGAUCCCCGACCGGCCGGAGCCUCAGAGGUGGCAGCGCGAGGAGCCCCACGCGCGGGGAAGCGCGGCGGACGGGGAACGCGACCGAGGAGGCGCUGCCGCCCGGCAGCGGGUGACGGGAGCCGGGACCGCGGCCUCCGGGACCCUGCUGCCCAGGCCGGGCGGGAGCGGGAGUGCGAGGACCCCACCCUCGGGGCACCCAGUGCCGAGACCUGCUCCCUCUCCCUUGGGAGGGAGGACCCUCCCCACUCCCGGGACAGCCAGAAGAGAUCGCCGCAGGGCACGCGGCUGUCCCUCCCACGGUGGCUCUAGAGGAGACCCCCAGAAGUCGGGAAGGGUAGUGAGACCUGAAGGACCCGGAGUGAGACCUCCCUCACGCCUCAACGCACUCCAGACAGUUUGGGACUUUUGAGGCAGAGGGGAAAGGAAGCCAGU